GUUAAAGUAAGUACGUCAGGUGUAUUCUCACUUCCUGUGGACCAGUGCGCAGUUAUCAUGGCUUACAAGGCGCUUUGUCUCGCCCUCGCCCUCGUCUGUGCUGCUUCGGCAGCGCCUGAGGGCAGACUGGUCGGUGGAACUCCGACCACGAUUGAAGAGUUCCCAUACAUAGUGGCGCUGACAUACACCUACCCUGGGCCUGGUAUCACCGUGCAGCGCUGUGUUGGAGGUCUCAUCUCCUCCUGGCAUGUACUCACUUCCGCCUUCUGCUUCACUGGUGCCAACCUUGGCAACUUCGAGGUGCGCGCCGGGUCCACCGAGAGCCUGUCUGGUGGAACUGUGACCACCAUCCGUGAUGUCACCAAGCAUCCCGACUACCAGGAGAGCCCACUCGCCAAUGACAUCGCAGUCGUGCUCCUGCAGACGCCGUUCGCCAUCACAAACAACAUCAACGUUCUGUUCCUUCCCCCACAGAACACCUUUAUCCCUGACGGACAGUCUGUCAAAGUUGUGAGCUGGGGCUUCGAAACUAUGACCGGACCUCAAUUGCAAACGCUUAAGAAGGUGUACCUCAAGAAGGUAUCUUUGGACGAGUGCUCUGCUGGCUUCGAGAACGUGGGCAAUGUGGCCGUCAGUGACUCUGUGAUCUGCGCAUCUGAGGAGGGAGCGGUGGGUACUUGUCGCGGCGACUCCGGCGCGCCGAUGGUCAUCGACCAGGUCGUUGUUGGCAUCUCUUCGUACUUCCACGAGUGUGGUGAUGAUCUCCCCGAUGUCUUCACAAGGACUGAUCGCUUCACGGACUGGAUCGUCAGUGUGGCGACUGCGCCUAAUGACGAUGACGUCACCUCCGUCAGAGUAAAAUCCGUCAACUACUAAAGA